GGAUCGUCGAGCGGGGACAAACACAGCUGUGAAGAACCCACAUGAAGCCAGUCAUUCAAUUCACUAUGACCUAGCCGACGCGCCCCCGGCUUGCUCUCCUGUCCUCCCUAACCUUCAACUCCACCAACAGACUCACCUGGACAGCUACUUAGUUACUAGCUGUGCCGUCCAAGAUCAGUCCACCCAAGAUAGGUGUCUCUCGCGAUGGCUUCACCACCCACCCCACAACCUCUUUCCUUCCUGGAAAAGGUCGACCUCCUCGCAGGCCAGCUAUCCAUCGUCGGGUCCGCCCUCUGGACCGUCGUCACGGGUGUCUUUCGCGGGAAUAGUUAUCCCAAGGAAUACAAACUCCAUGUGCUGCACUCAAUCGUCAGGAAACUGGUGAGCCGGCUGAGUGGCCGACAGAUGCAAGCCCUGACCCCCUCCACCAGCCGAGGCUACGAGAUCUUCAUGAAAGGUCAACGCCUGCAACCAGAGACCGUUGCGCUCCAGCACGGCGCAGCAGGCCACUGGAUUGGGAACAAAGACGCGAAGAAGGUAGUCAUUUACUACCAUGGCGGCGGCUUCGUCCUCUCCGCCGUGCCCGCCCACUUCUCCUUCUACAACCAACUAAUCUCCUCUUUAAAUGCCACCGGCCACGACGUCUCCCUCUUCUUCGUCUCCUACACCCUCGCCCCAACAGCCAUCUACCCAACCCAACUCCGCCAAGCCAUCUCCGCCCUCCGCUACAUCCUCACCGAGACAGGGCGCUCCCCAUCCGACAUCCUCCUCGCCGGCGACUCCGCAGGCGGGAACCUCGCGCUCUCCACCCUCCUCCACCUCACCCACCCCAAUCCCGCUAUCGAGCCCUUAGAAGUGUCCGGGCCCCUCGCAGGCGUAGCCGCCUUCGCACCGUGGGUUAGCUUCAGCAUGGACGGGCCGUCUAUGCGCGACAAUAAGUUCAAGGACUGCAUCCCACCAGACAUUCAGCAGAUGUGGGCACCGCAGUACCUGAGGGGCCUGGACGGGGAUGGCAAGGAGAAAGAGAGACAGGGUGAUGCGUGGAGUGAGCCUUGUCGGGCGCCGCUCGAGUGGUGGGUUGGGGCUAAGGCGGAGGAGAUCCUUUUCCUGGCGGGACGGGACGAGGUGUUGUUUUCGGCGAUUGACGGGUUUGUGGAGAGGUUUAAGACUGUCUUUCCCAAAACGACGUAUUUUAUCGGGUAUGGCGAAUCGCAUGUCGCUCCCGUGUACAGUAGUCAUGUUCUCGGCAGGGAGACGCAGCAGGGUGGGGAGUUGCAGAGGUGGUUGGGGUCUCGUCUGUAG